GCAUAUUUCAUUUCAUUUAUUUCAUUUCAUAAGUCAUAAUAUAGAGUGAAGAAUAAAAAUUGUCUGUUUAUGUUGGGACCGUGUCCUGUGACAUUGUAUCACAGUGGUCUCUGUGUGUACAAGUUGUUCGUUAAUUGUUUUUGUUUAUUUAGCUACAGGGACUGACUUAGUAGUGGUGGUAUUUAUAUGUUGUUGAUUUUCGAUUUAUGAAGUUUUCAAUUAAUAAACAAUAUAAAUGGUUUAACGGUGUUGUUAGUUUUGCUAUUUUGUUAAACAGCGCAACCAAUAUUUCUUUCCGAGUGAGAUGGAGAAUUUGUAUACUGCAUUGAGUGCAGUGAAGACUCUUCGUUCUAGUGUUGGCCAAGUGUUCAGUAGCCUUGCUAGUGGUCUGAGGGCGGACCACGGUGAAGAAGGAAAGGAAAACAAGUUUUUGGUAGAGCUACAGGACUUGCUAACUUCUGUGAAUAACCAUCUUCGGGACGUAGAACAAGCUGUAGGCUCUCUCUCACCACCUCCAGGACCAUUUGCUCUGGGCAACACAAGCUUCCUGAGCCAGGAGUGUACCCACGAUCGGCUGGCUCUGUACAGUCAGCUUGUGUUGAGCUACAAAUGGACAGAUAAGAUCCAUGAGUACAGCAACCUUGCGGUUCAACUGCUGAAUCAGAAUUCACUGAAGCGAUCAUACACAGGGACUCAGAGUAGCAAACGGCGCAGAUACGCAACGAGCAGUCAUAACGUCAGCAUCCAAGCUGUAGAAACGCUGAUAGCAUCAAUCGACCGCCAGUUUUCGGACAUGAAUGUGUCAGUGUGUCGUGAGUAUCGCAACAAUCCUCUGGGUCAGAGUCAGGUCCCAUGCUUCGAGGUGCGAGUAACUCAGCAGGGUAUCAGCCGUGAAUAUCAAAGUCUACACGACGCCGGUAUACCCCAGGUGGUGAUUGUGCAAGUGUCACUAGGCCGAGUACUGACGGCUCUACUGACACUUAAGGGCAUGAUGAUAGAGUGGGUGCAAGUGAGAGGCUUCGGUGAGUCACUGGAGCUGUGGACCGAGUCCAGGUACAAGGUGUUCCGCAAACUGACAGAAAACACUCACAUCGCCAUGCUACACUUCUACUCCCCUACCAUGCCUGAACUUGGAGUCAGAUCGUUGUUGACAUGGUUACACAGCUAUCACAAUCUAUUCAGUGAGCCGUGCAAGAGAUGCGGUAACUACCUGCAGAGCUCCCUCCCCCCGACCUCUCGGGACAUGAGAACGCUGGAGCCCUACCACGAGGAGUGCAAGCCUUAAGGGUCUCAGUGUUAGUCUGUAUAUAUUGAUUUCUUAAUUAAGAAAGUUAAUAUAUUCUUUGUCACUGAU